AUGGAAGCUCUUUACUCAGAACUCAACUCUCUUCUUCCCCAAACUUCUAGGGAGCCUCUACCACUACCUGAUCAGCUAGAUGAAGCUGAAAACUACAUCAAGGAGCUACAAGUGAACGUGGAGAAAAAGAGAGAAAGGAAGAGGAAGCUUGUUGCGACCGCAGCUUUGGACAAACUGAAUUCCACAGGAUCUUCAUCCAUGUCUUCGAGUGUCGAUGUCUCCGUGCCUAAAUGGUUGCCAAGGAUCGAGAUUCAAGAAACCGGUUCCAUUCUUCACAUCUCUCUUGUGACAAACUUGGAACAUAAGUUUAUUUUCCAUGAGAUCAUUCGUAUUCUCACAGAGGAAUUAGGAGCUGAGAUCACUCAUGCUGGAUAUUCAAUUGUUGAUGAUGCCGUCUUCCACACUCUUGAUUGCAAGGUGGAAGAUUGUGAUUUUGGAGCUAUAAGUAGAAUUUCUGAGAGUCUCAAAAAACUUGUGAACAGUGUCAACUAAUAGUCUCCCUAAUGUAGUAAUGUGUACCCUUUUAACAGCUUUUUUCUUGUUUUUCGUUCUGUUUUAUUGUUCCUUUUCUUGAAUUUAUCUUGUAAUGUGCAAAUGAUGUUUCAUUAUGAGCAAUGCGUACUAUGUAUUUUUUAUAUGAUAUCUGUUCUUUUCAUAAUUAGUUUGGCAGUUAUAAAAAUUGGUUGAACGACUUAGCAUGUGCUAUCUGUAACA